UUUGCCAGCCGCUGGAGAAUGUCAACCCGAAAAUUCUUUGUAGGAUUGACCACAGUUACUGGGUCAGCAUCCUCCUGCUCCACACCGCGCACUUCAACUGGGUGAGCCAUCGCAGGAGAAAACUGCAGCACGGUUCUCCCCCCCCGUCAGGACCCGUGCCCCCGGACCCGUGCCCCCCGGGCCCGUGCCCCUCGGGCCGUGCAUCCGGUCGGAAGCGGACGGCGGUGGUUUUCCUGAAGACCCACAAGACGGCGGGCAGCACGGUUCAGAACAUCCUGUUCCGCUUCGCUGAACGCCAUGCCGCCGCUACGUCCACCUCUGACCCGGGCACCGGGAAUCGUGGCGUCCCACCUCCGGCCCGGCCUAUCCGAGCUCCAAAGCCUGGCCCAGCUGGCGCCACCUUCGUCACCAUCGUUCGCGAGCCCGCCGCCAUGUUUGAGUCGCUCUUCUCCUACUACGGCCAGCACUCGGCCUCCUUCCGGAACGUCCCGCACCGCUCCAUCGCCGCCUUCCUCCGCAGGCCUGAGGCCUACUACCUACCCGACGAGCGCUACGCCAUGUAUGCCCGCAACUCCCUGAUCUUUGACCUGGGUGGCGACCCCACCGCGCCCAGCGACGAGGCCUACCUGAAGGCCUUCAUCCUGGGCCUGGAGUCCGUCUUCUCCCUGGUCAUGGUGGCCGAGCACUUUGACGAGUCGCUGGUUCUGCUGCGCCGCCUACUGUGCUGGGACCUGGAGGACGUGACCUACGUGAGGCUGAACGCCAGGAGUGAGGCCUGGUCCAGGCUUGGCCGGGAGCAGGCAGACCAGGCUCGUCGCUGGAACUGGCUGGACACCCAGCUCUACAGGCACUUCAAUGCCAGCCUGUGGGCCAAACUGAGGGCGCUGGGCCCCCAGUGCCUGAGCCAGGAAUUAGGCCUCCUGCGCCAGGCUAACCGCAGGCUGACCCGUGACUGCUUUGGGCCCGAGGCUGGGUCCGGAGCCUCGCCUCCUGCCCGCCAGGCCUCGCAGAUCCGCGACAAGGAACUGCGGCCUUGGCAGCCCAGUCGCAGCGUCAGUAUCCUGGGUUAUGAGCUGCCCCGCAACCUCUCCCUGCCCCCUGCCCUAGCCACCUCCUGUCUGCGGCUCAUCACCCCCGAAGUCUCGUACUCCCACCGUCUCCUCAGGAGGGCUGCCAUCAGGCACAGGAGUGAGGACUGGUCCCCAGGCCUGAGCUAGGCCCCAGGCUUCCCCUUAUGGGACCAACCCAACUGAGAACUCACUUCUCCAUUAUCAAAUUAACGCACCCCUUAUUUUUCUUGUUCCUCCAUGGGAUGUGCCUCUCACUGACUGGGCCCCAGUAUUUAUCGCCCCGUCCCUAAUUGCCCCCUUGGGAAGGUGGGGGGGUGAGCUGCCUUCUUGAACCGCUGCAGUCCAUGUGCUGUGGGGUGGCCCACAAUGCCCCUUAGGGAGGGAAUUCCAGGAAUUCUGACCCAGCGACACUGAAGGAACGUGGAUAUAUUCCCAAGUCGGGAUGGUGAGGGGCUCGGAGGGGAAUGUGCAGGGGGUGGUGUUCCCAUGAACCUGCUGCCCCUUGUCCUUCUGGAUGGAAGUGGGUGGUGGGUUUGGAAGAUGGCUUAAGUGUUACUGAUUGAUCAAUUAUAAUUUAAUUAAGUAACCAGUUGUUAAUUUAUUGAUUAACCAACUGUAAAAAGUUGACCAAUAAUCCACCAACUAAUAGUUAAUUGGCAAUUAAUAAUUGAGUAUUAUUUAAUUCUGUUAUUCAUCAACACUUAAUCAUUGAGAUUUAAUUAUUUCCAUUAUUGAUCGAGAAUUCAUGAUGGAGUAAUAAUUAACUCUGUUACUGAUCAAGAAUUAAUAACUGAAUAUUGCUCAAUUCCAUUAUUGACUGACUAUUAAUAACCGGAUGUUAAUUCAUUUCAGUAUCAAAUAAUAAUUACAUACAUGAAUAUUAAUUAUUUCCAUUAUUGAUCAACAAUUAAUAACUGAAUAUUAAUUCAUCCCAGUAUUGAGCAAUAAUGUAAUUAAUUAAUAUUCAGUUAUUCAUUAUCAAUCAACAAUUAAUAACUGGAUGCUAAUUAAUUCUAGUAUCGAUCAAUAAUAAAUUACUGAAUAUUAAUUAAUUCAUUAUUGAUCGACAGUGAUUAACUGGAUGUUAACUAAUUCCAGCAUUGAUCAAUAAUGAAUAAAUGAAUAUUAAUUAAUUCCGUUAUUGAUCAACAAUUAAUUACUGGAUGUUAAUUAAUUCCAGUAUCGAUCAAUAAUAACUGAAUUAUAAUUAAUUCCAUUAUUGAUUGUCAAUUAAUAACAGAAUAUUAAUUAAUUCCAGUAUAGAUCAAUAAUUAAUAACUGAAUAUUAAUAAAUCCAAUUACUGAUUCACAGUUAAUAAUUCUAAGUAUUAAUUAAUUUGGUUAUCAAUUAACAAUUAAUUGGAGUAAUAAUUAGUUCUGUCAUCAAUCAACAGUUAAGGAGUGAAUGUUAACACAUUUCAUUAUUGCUGGGCAAUAAUUGAGUUGACUGAUAAUUGAGAAUCGAAAUACUAAUUUAUUCAUUCACUGAUCAAUAGUUAGCCCACGUUAGUAGCUGGAUAGUGAAUGGUGUUAGAGAGCAGACAGAUGUUCAGUUGGUGAGAGAUAAUGGGAACUGCAGAUGCUGGAGAUUCCAAGAUAAUAAAAUGUGAGGCUGGAUGAACACAGCAGGCCCAGCAGCAUCUC